UCGAGUGACGAAGACGGGAAGGAUUGAUUGGACGAGCCCAAUUCGAAAAAAGGAACAAAGAAGCAGAGGGAAGGGGUUUCACGAAGAGUGUCCGCUCGAAGAAUCAGAGGAACGCACCAUGACUGUUCGGAAGAGAGCAUCAUCGGAAACAACCGCCGCGGCGGCCGCCCAACAACCCAAAUCCCAAGAAACAACCACCGCCACGUCCGCAACCACAACCGAUCCUCCAAUCGCUCCGCCGAAAUCAGGGACGAUUUUGAAGCUGUCUCUCCUACUCAUCAUCCCAUACGCCUACCUCAUCUUGUUCCACUACAGAGUCGAUGCAGACCUCAAGAGAUCUAUUCUUAUCAACGCGGGUUUGAGCCUCGCCGGCUUCUUCGUUACUCGUACUAUGAUCCCUGUGGCUUCUAGUUACGUUAUCAGGCGAAGUUUGUUUGGUUACGAUAUCAACAAGAAGGGCACUCCUCAAGGCUCUGUCAAAGUGCCUGAAUCACUGGGUAUUGUUGUUGGGAUUGUCUUCUUGGUCUUGGCAAUCUUAUUUCAAUAUUUUAAUUUCACAUCAGAUUCAAAUUGGCUUGUUGAGUACAAUGCAGCCUUAGCAUCCAUCUGCUUCAUGACCCUGCUUGGAUUUGUAGAUGAUGUUCUUGAUAUUCCAUGGAGAGUGAAAUUAAUAUUGCCAUCAUUUGCUGCUCUUCCCCUGUUGAUGGCUUAUGCUGGCCAUACCACUAUAAUUAUACCAAAGCCUCUCAUCCCAUACGUUGGGCUAGAAGUUUUGGAUCUAGGAUGGAUAUAUAAAUUAUAUAUGGGACUUUUGGCUGUAUUUUGCACGAACUCCAUCAAUAUACAUGCUGGUUUAAAUGGCCUUGAAGUUGGGCAGACUGUUGUUAUUGCAUCUGCUAUUUUGAUACAUAAUGCUAUGCAAAUUGGAGCAUCCACAGACCCAGAGUAUAAACAGGCACAUGCAUUCUCUAUUUAUCUUGUUCAACCACUACUAGCCACUUCCUUGGCUCUACUUAGUUACAACUGGUAUCCUUCUUCAGUUUUUGUUGGAGACACUUACACGUAUUUUGCUGGAAUGACAAUGGCUGUAGUUGGCAUUUUAGGCCAUUUUAGUGAAACCCUGCUGAUUUUCUUUAUUCCUCAAGUUUUAAACUUUCUAUUAUCACUCCCCCAGCUUUCUGGCUAUGUGAAAUGCCCACGGCAUCGUCUGCCAAGGUUUGACCCGCAGACAGGGCUACUGACUGGAACAAAUGAUGGGACUGUUGUAAACCUAUUUUUAAGACAAUUUGGCAGGAUGUCAGAAAAGUCACUUUGCAUCCUACUUCUCGUUUUCCAGGCUAUUGGAUGCUGCUUCUGCUUUGUGCUGAGGUGGUUCCUUGCUGGUUGGUACAAAUGAGGCAGCAACAUGGAAGAAAAAUCUUCAGGUUAUAUUCAUUAACUUGCAAGAACUUUUACUUAUCAUCCAGAUGUUGUAUAUUUUUUCAUGCUCCUGAAAGGGAAUUCAACACUAGCAAUACUGGAGUCAAAUCUUUCAGUAGGAAGCGUGCAUGGUUUGCAGUUGAGUCAUGAGAUUCCUAUGGAUCGAUGCUGGUAUGAUGUGAUAAAAAAAAGAAAAGGCUCCUGCAGGUUUUCUUGUAUUUUUCCUUGUAUGAGAGGAAAAGUUAAUUUAUACAUUCAAAAUUUUUGGAUAGUUUUUGAUCACCAGACUUUGGUCAAAUUUUUGCUUAACAUAUUACCAGCAACAAUGCCCUAGUUUUCUGAUAAUUAAUGGUGAAAGCUUUACUUUAUGCGUGAUAUGAAUCA